GGUCGAUUCAGUAUUGUGAACCGGAGUUAAGCCUACUCAACGGCCCAUCGCCUCUCUCUCGCUCGCUGUGGGACUUCCUCCUCGGCCAUCGCCAGAAUCUCCUCGGCCAGCGCCUCCACUAACCGCCUCCGCCUCGCUAUCCAAGGCCACUCUUCAUCAAUGGUUUCUGCUCCUAAUAUAAUGCAAUAUGGUGUAUUGAAUUCUUGACAGUGGUAUUUACGUGGAUCAAUUCAUGCAAAGAGGUAUGGGUUGCUGUGGUUGCUUUGGAUUUUUGAGAAAGCCACAGAGAUACCUUAUCCCUUUCAGACGCUCUAGUGCUCCAUUCCAAGAGUUCCUUUUGCCAGAAAACAUGGAUGAUCAUGAUGGUAUAUUUUACAACAGAGACUAUGGGAACCAUCAUUAUGACAGUGAUAGUGGUUCACAGCAUGUUGUUAAGCAUUCUGAAGAAAUUCUCUUAUGGAGAGCUCAUAAUGGAUUGAUAUGCAGGGAGAUCCCAGUAAAGGAAACUCGAAGGCUUAUUCUUUCAGAGGAUGAUGAUGGUAACAAGAUGAUCAAUGAAUAUGUUCGGCAAUGUAAGAUUGGUUCUGGUAGUUAUGGCAAAGUGGUCUUAUACAGAAGCACCAAGGAUGGGAAGCAAUAUGCAAUCAAGAUUUUCCACAAAUCACAUUUGUUAAAGUCGCAUGUGGCUCCUUCUGAAACUGCCAUGAAUGAUGUUCUUCGGGAGGUAGCAAUCAUGAAAAUGUUGGAUCAUCCAAAUAUAGUUAAUCUCAUUGAGGUCAUUGAUGAUCCGAACACGGACAACUUUUACAUGGUGUUAGAAUAUGUUGAAGGUAAGUGGAAUUUUGAGGGCUCUGGAGCAGCUAAUUGCUUAGGAGAAAGCACAACGAGAAGAUACUUGCGAGACAUAGUUGCUGGUCUGAUGUAUCUCCACUCUCAUAAUGUCAUCCAUGGGGAUAUUAAACCUGAUAAUCUUUUGGUGACUAGAAGCAACAAUAUAAAGAUAGGGGACUUCAGUGUUAGCCAAGUUUUUGAGGAUAAUAAUGAUGUACUUAGGAGAUCGCCUGGGACUCCUGUUUUCACGGCACCUGAAUGUUGUCUAGAUGUUACCUAUCACGGUAAGGCUGCCGAUACAUGGGCGGUUGGUGUUACCUUAUAUUGCAUGGUCUUUGGCCAAUAUCCUUUUCUAGGAGAAACCCUCCAGGACACAUAUGAUAAGAUCGUCAACAAUUCCUUAAUUAUUCCUGACGAAGUAGAUCCACAAUUGCGAUAUUUAAUCGAAGGCCUUCUCUGCAAAGAUCCUAAAGCUCGGCUAACCUUGCGUGCCGUAUCGGAGCAUCCUUGGGUCAUCAGCGAUGACGGUCCAAUCCCACAGUACUUGUGUAGGUGCAGCAGGCUAAAGUCUUCUACUUGAAGAGCCUAGUAGGAGUCGCAAAUUUAAACUGCGCAACAGUUUGAUCCGAUCUAGAGGCUGUAAGUGGACCGCGGAAAUUAUAACCAAAAAGCGUAAUAAAAGUGAUUGUAUCAACGGCGAGUAACUUUGUGCUAUUAUAAUCUUACCCAUCUCUUUCAGUUUUUUUUUUUUUUUUGUAAGGUGGACAUUUGUGUUUAACUUGUUUGCUAUGGGAUGGUGUUAAUAUGAUUUGAUAAGGUUAUUCAAUGAAAGUGUUUUUAAUGCCA